GCUCGUGUAGAAACAUUCUUCUCAAACAGGAAGUGCUUCGUUUCAGUGAAACCCAUGUUUCUCUGCACUGUUCGAAAUUAUUCAGAUAUUUUGUGAGGAGCAGAAAGAGUCCGCCAUGGAGCGCAUCAUGGGUGGAGGAAUGCUUCCCUUGGUUUUAACGAGUGUGGGCGUCUUACUGCUUUACCGCAUACUAGUCCGACUCAGACGGGGGGCUUCAGUUCAUGGUGCAGUGGUGGUCAUCACAGGAGCCAGUUCUGGGCUUGGAAAAGAGUGUGCACGAGUCUUCCACGCUGCAGGAGCUCGGCUUGUGUUAUGUGGAAGAGAUGCAGCUCGCCUGCAGGAGGUGGUACAGGAGCUCAGUGUAAGCCCAGCAGAUGGUCAGAGCCAGACCUUUGCUCCCCGAACUGUUGUUUUCAACCUGGCCAAAGCGGACUGCGUGGAAAAAGCUGCACAAGAGAUCCUAAAAUGUUAUGGACAUGUUGAUGUCCUCAUCAAUAACGCAGGAAUCAGUUAUCGUGGCAACAUUCUGGACACCAACAUGUCUGUUCAAAGAGAUGUGAUGGAGACCAAUUACUUUGGCCCCAUCGCUCUCACUCAAGCUCUCCUGCCCUCAAUGGUUCAGAGACGCAGCGGUCACAUUGUUGUCAUCAGCAGCGUCCAGGGAAAGAUAGCCAUUCCUUACAGAUCUGCUUAUGCAGCAUCUAAACAUGCCACUCAGGCCUAUUUUGACUGCCUGCGGGCAGAAAUCGAGCACCUUGGGAUCCCGGUGACGGUAAUCAGCCCUGGGUACAUCCGGACCAACCUGUCACUCAAUGCUGUCACUGGAGAUGGCUCCAAAUAUGGAGUUCUGGAUAAAACCACAGCGUCAGGUUGGGACCCCAGGGAUGUUGCCGGCGCGGUUCUGAAGGCCAUCCGUCAGAAAAGCAGAGACGUAGUCCUGGCCGGACCUGUGCCCACCGUGGCCAUCUACCUCCGCACACUGUGGCCCGCUCUCUUCUUUAAACUCAUGGCGUCUCGGGCUCGCAAAGAACAGAGACGUAAAGAAGAGUGAAACCGCAGCAGCAGAACGGAGACUGUGUUGGAGUAAGUCAGACCCGACCAGGACACUGGAUGGAUUUGAAAUGUGGACACACUGAGCUCUGUGGUAACGCUGGACCCAGUUCUGGGAGAAAGCAGCAUGUUAUUAAAUAAUGUGUGACUCCUGUUAAAAUGUUCUGGGUCUGACUAGUUGAGCAAGUCUGUUGUUUAGUUUUGUGAAAAAUAUUAAUUUUAAGAGCAAGGUCCUACUUGGUGUUUUUGCAACAGUCGCUCCAUAUUCCACACCUUUCAUAUUCACGGUAUCACUACUCCCCCCUCAUCCGGCGGAUUGCUGUUGACUGACCAAGUUGUAUUGCUUAAGAAACAGCAAGGAGAUAUUAAAAACUUUGUGUUUUCAAACUAGAAAGCAUUUUCAAUGGAGUCAUUUUGACUGCCUUUCUAAAAUGAUAUAAAAUGUUUAUUCUACCAAAUAAAAUACAGAUACUAAUAA